CCAUAACCACCCCUCUUCUCUCUCUCACUACUUCCUCCCUUUCUUCUAUUUUCCACUAAUAAGUCUUCUCUAAACACUACAAAAAAAGCCAUGGCCAAAGGAGGCAAGAUGAACAAGUUGAAGUUAGUGCUAAAGAGAAUGCAAUCAUUCAGCAAGCUUGGCCGUGGCAACGGCAAUACCAUCAUCCCGGCCGCCAACAAUUCUUCCGACGAUAAUGAUGAGCCUUCCACCUGUGAUAAAAUCUCCAGAGACCUGCAAACGGUAUAUGUUGGCAAGUCACGGCGCAGAUAUCUCGUCAGCUCCGACGUCACAGACCACCCGCUCUUCCGGGAACUCAUGGAACGGUCCGGUGACAAUGAUGACUCCAUCACCGUCGGGUGUGAAGUUGUACUGUUCGAGCACUUGCUAUGGAUGCUUGAGAAUGCUGAUCCUCAACCUGAAUCUUUGGACGAGCUUGUUGAGUUUUACGCAUGCCGAGACUUGGAUUGAGAGGUUAAUAACUACGUCUACAGUCUACUCUACUACUACUCAG